UAUCGCAGGGAGGGUGCCCCUCGAACCCACUUCCGUCACACCAGCCAUGCAGGAUUGCCCAGAGCCGCGUCGGAUCUUCACCAUCGACGAUUUUGAGAUCGGGAGGCCGCUGGGCAAAGGGAAAUUCGGCAACGUGUAUCUGGCCCGGGAGAAGAACUCCAGGUUCAUUGUGGCGCUCAAGGUGCUCUUCAAAUCCCAGAUGGAGAAGGAGGGAGUGGAGCACCAGCUGCGGAGGGAGAUCGAGAUCCAAUGUCAUCUCAGCCACCCCAACAUUCUGCGCCUCUACAACUAUUUCCAUGACAAGAAGCGAGUGUAUUUGAUCCUGGAAUACGCCCCUCGCGGGGAGCUUUUCAAGGAGCUGCAGAAGUACCAGCGCUUCGACGAGCAGAGAACGGCUACGUUCAUGGAAGAGCUGGCCGACGCCCUCCUCUACUGUCACAACAAGAAGGUCAUCCACCGCGACAUCAAGCCCGAAAAUCUGCUGAUGGGGCUGAAAGGGGAGCUGAAGAUUGCCGACUUCGGCUGGUCGGUGCACGCCCCCUCGCUCAGGAGGAAGACCAUGUGCGGCACGCUGGACUACCUGCCCCCCGAGAUGAUCGAGGGCAAAGCCCACAACGAGAAAGUGGAUCUCUGGUGCAUCGGGAUCCUGUGCUACGAGUUCCUGGUGGGGAAUCCGCCCUUUGAGAGCGAGUGCCACUCGGAGACCUAUCGGCGGAUCGUGUCGGUCGAUCUCCGGUUCCCUCCCUUUGUGACCGAAGGCGCCCGGGAUUUGAUUGUGAAGCUGCUGCGUCACAACCCAUCCGAGCGUCUCCCGCUGCAAGCCGUGAUGGAGCAUCCGUGGGUGAAAGCCCACUCCAAGCGGGUGCUACCCCCGGUUUUCAACUCAGUGUCCCCAAACUAA